AUACUUUUUAGGAGUCACUUUGUCUGCAUCAGUUGUUAUCUUUCCAGACUGAACUGAAUCAUGAGUUACGCACAAGAAUAGUUCCCAGAAACUAAUUUCAAAAACACCCUUUGAUAUUAGUCCACAUCAGUGCAUCAGAAGAAAACCUACAGAAGACGUACUCAUAGCCAGAAGCGUGAUAACAUAAAUCUGCUCUAGAUGAGUUGAAUCCAUUGAGAGACAUGUCCUCUGGGCUUUCGAGCAGCAUUAGAGUAACAAAUAGUUUCUCAGCGUCAGGUGACUAGCAUGGGACGGCUGUAAUAAUCCUCCCAUGUUCCACUUGGCCAGAGCAUAUAAAGCACCGAUGGGCUCGAGCUCCGUGAAAGUGCAUGUAAUGUGUGACAGAUCGCAUGUAAUCAUUAAAAAUACAUUUAUUUGCGAUUAGCGGAGGGAAACCGAACUAAAGCGGACUGCGUUUAGAUCCUCCAGAGAUGAGGACGCCGACUGCGCUGGCUGUGUUUUUCAGUCUGGGAUGGAUUUACCUGACCGAGGCUCAGUUUCCCCGAGUCUGCUGCACCGUGGAGGCCAUCGUGUCUAAAGAGUGCUGUCCGCCGCUGGGACCGGAUCCGGAGAACGUCUGCGGGGUUCUGUCCGGCCGCGGGAACUGCAGCGACGUCCGGGUGGACUCCAAACCCUGGGGAGGACCGUACCGGUUAAGAAACGUGGACGACCGGGAGAGAUGGCCCACUAAGUUUUUCAAUCGGACCUGUCGAUGCUUCGGUAACUUCGCCGGAUAUAACUGCGGCGAGUGCAAACACGGCUGGACGGGGCCGAACUGCGAGCAGCGCAGAGCCGCCGUGGUGAGGAAGGACAUCCACUCUCUGAGCCCCGCGGAGCUGCAGGAGUUUCUGGACGUUCUGGAUCUGGCCAAAACCACCGUCCACCCCGAAUACGUCAUCGCCACGCAGCACUGGCUGGGCCUGCUGGGACCCAACGGCACCGAACCGCAGUUCAACAACAUCUCCAUCUACGACUUCUUCGUCUGGCAGCACUACUACUCCGUCCGAGACACACUGCUCGGUCCUGGCCGUCCUUUUAAAGCCAUCGACUUUUCCCACAAGGGUCCGGCGUUCAUCACCUGGCACAGAUACCAUCUGCUCGGUCUGGAGAGAGAGCUACAGAAACUCACAGGUAACGAGAACUUCGCCGUCCCGUACUGGAACUUCGCGACGGGACGCACCGAGUGUGACGUCUGCACCGACUCUCUUCUCGGAGGACGGGACCCGUCUGACCCGGCCCGUAUCAGCCCGCGCUCCAGGUUUGCCCGCUGGGGAGUGGUGUGUGACAGUCUGGAUGAAUAUAAUCGCCUGGUGACCUUGUGUAACGGGACCAACGAGGGAUCUUUGCGCAGAGGAAUCCUACAAAGCACUAAUGUGACUUUACCGACCAUGAACGACGUCAGAAGCUGCCUGAACCUCCGAGACUUUGACAGUCCACCGUACUUCACCAACUCCAGCUUCAGCUUCAGGAACGCACUGGAAGGAUACGAUAAACCAGACGGAGAGCUGGACAGCUCCGUGUCCAAUCUGCACAAUCUGGUUCACCAGUUCCUCAACGGGACCAGCGCUCUGUCCCACUCCGCCGCCAACGACCCAAUCUUUCUGGUGCUCCAUACAUUCACCGACGCCGUAUUUGAGGAAUGGAUGAGGCGCUCCAGUGAAAAUGCCAGCUUCCCGGAUGAGAUGGCCCCUAUCGGACACAACCGGCAUUAUAACAUGGUCCCCUUUUUUCCACCCGUGACCAACGAGGAGAUCUACGUCCCGUCUGAACAGCUGGGAUAUUCCUACGCCAUUGACCUUGAAGAAACAGACAGCAGGCCGACCAUGUUUCUUCUGGGCAGCACACUGGGAGGGAUCUUCCUCGGCCUGCUCCUGCUGCUGCUCCUGACGGUGCUGUACGUGCAGCAGAGGAAAAGACGCGAGUUUGAGCCUCUUCUGAACGCAGAGUUCACCGCCACAAAAUACACAGAGGAAGCGUAGCUGGCAUCCACGCCCAUCAGAUCCUCACGGCCCGAAAUGAAGCGCUUCGGGAACAGAUCCGGCGCGUGCAGAGCAAAAUUCAGUAGAGCACAAACUCUUUUGAUGCUUAGAGACAGCGAGGAGCAAGAAGUCUGCUGAAAUCUAUCAGCAGCCACGAAAUAUAUAAAGCUUGAGCGUGCGAAUGAAAAAGCAGAUAUUUAUGCACGCUACACAGUUCAGAUGUUUGGGAUUAAUACGA